AUUUUUUCGAAAUAAUCCAAGCAAAAGAGGGCAUCCUUAAGAAAAGCUUUAAAGAACAAAUGUUUUUAUCCUCGAAACAAAUGUUUUUAUCCUCGAAACUUCAUAGUAUCCCGCAUCCAUGUGUUUCUUUUGAAAGCCAGCAGAAUUUAGGCAAACACAAAUAAUACCAAGGAAAACAAAACUUGUUUUAUUGGGUUUCGCUAGAAGGGGGGAACCUAUUGUGUCUUGCAUCCUCAGGUGAAGACAGGGGUGUCGUGUUAUCGAAAGCACACGGGGACCGUCGCUAUAAAAAAAUUUCUCUAACAACAAUUGAAAAAAAAGAAAAAAGUUAUUUUAGGGAUAAUAAAGGGGGCUAACCUCAUGAGCCCCCAGCUCAUAGCCCCUGGAUUUGUUGGGGUUAUUGGCGCAUAAGAUCCCCCACCCGGAUUUUAGUUAUUCUUGUUGAUUCUUAAAAGUCUUAUUUUUUACCUUUGCGAAUGGGUCGUAAACUUUACUCUGAAAUACCCAGAUACGCUGAUGACAAAAAAAAUUAUUUUUGUCAAUUUCUGUUUCUCAUCUUCAAUCUUUUCGCAUAGUUUUAAAUUCUUUUGAAGCAUAUAAUAACCACUGCACGCAUUGUAUAAUUCAUUAGGCUGUUUGUAGUUUUCAGUUGCUUUCGUUGAACGAAUAUUUAAACUGGAUAAAAUUACUUCAACGUACAAAAGCUGUUAUAAAUUUAUUUCCAGUAACAGACAAAACCAAUGAAAGAUUACAUAAAGCCAUUAAAAGUAAUGAAGAACAUAAAAAUACCAAAGCAGGAUUUCUAUGCAACAAAAAAGGGUUAAAAUGUAAGAAGAAAAUUACUUAUAAAGACUUAUAUAGAAUGAAUAUCUUAUAUGAUUAAAAUGUUAUUUGUUUGAUCUACAAGUAUGCUUUUAUUUAUUCAAUACAAUCUUCCGAGAUGGCUGGAUACCUAUCCCUUACGAUAGAUAUUCAUUACUUUAAUUUUAUUAGAAACACUUUUGCUGAUGUAUUACAAAUGAAAUAAUGAACGAGUUAAUAUUUUACAUGGCGGUUUGCUUGGCCAGUUGAUCAAAAGCUAGAGAAACCAACCUUAAUUUUAUGGAUGAUAAAUGCUCAUGAAACAUAUAAAUUAAUGAUAAGCUAGUAAGAACACAGAUUUAAUAAUCAAGCGUUGUAACUUUAACUUCACCAAUGAGAUAAAUAGUUUCUUUGGUAAUUCAUUUCUAGAAGCAAAAGUACGAAAAGUCUUUUCACCUCAAACGUUUUCUUUUUAAUUCGUCGACCUAUCAGCUAAGAUAGAUUUUCUUCCAACCCAUAACUAUUACUUAUUAGAAUUUUAAGCGUUUCUCUGCCGCAACGCAAGUAUUGGAUUGUGUAAAGGACGGGCGAACACUGUUACUUCAUAGCCAACCAAUUCUAGGGCACUUUCGGUACGCCUAUCUUUAGCAAGAUAAAAGUUUGACCACGCCCUGUUGCCAUAAUUAGGCAAUCACAAUUGGCAUUUAGCUCUGUGAUUGCAAUGAUGCAUUGUCAUAAUCUGUAAAGGUAUGCUUUUCAGCUGAAGUGGAUGCAUUACCGAUUGCCAGCCAAUGUCUUUUAUGACCAAAGACAAUAUUUCCUUUUCUUCAAUUUGCUCAGUUUUCUUUAUAUAUUUAGUUUGAAAAUAUAUAUCGAUGAUGGAUUGCAAGAAUUUUGGAUAUUAAUCACGAAGUUAUCUGUGAAUAUUUCAAUAUAUUAUGUAUUUGUAGAAUAUUUUAAGCAAUCUUAAAGAAUCGUAAAAUUUGGUACAAUACUGUAAAUUGUUUGUUCCUUGUUGGAUUCUUAGAUUGUAGGGAGACUCCCCCUGGAGGAAUAGGAGAAUCGGUUGGUUCUUCUACAUUAUGCUUUUCUUUAGUCUAAGGAAAGAGUAUGCUCCCCCGGAUACUUAUGCUCCCGCUCUCUUCGACAAUGAAGGAACCCCCAGCUUGUUAUAGGCACGUAUAUUUCUGUCCUUGGAUGCGAUCGGACGCAAAGUAACACAACAAAACACUAUCGGACGAGAAAGGACAUGACUCUAAAGGUUUUUACGUUUGAAAUCCGAGUUAGGAUUAUGUGCACUUAAAAUUGAAUUUAGAGAUCUUUGCCGGAUUUCCAUUGUUGCCGGAACUGUAUCUUCUUUAGUAAGCAGUUCGAUAGAAAUGACGGAGAUUUAAUCAUUGCCAAAUUUUGUUAAAUCUCAAGGGACGGAAAAAGAGAAUCUUUUGUUGUUUAUCGAUAAUUGUGGUUGUUUUUAUUUCGCAUAAAAUGACCACGCCGAUGACUCGACCUGCCACAAAUCUCUUCCAUGGAUUCAAAAUUGAUGUAUUUAUUUGAAGUUAAGCACGCUAUGGUCUGCAAGUGUGAUGAAAUGUGGAUAUAAUGUGAAGAGAUUCUGGCUAAGGAGUGUCCAAUUGUAUUGUAAACUUUAUCGAAUUCGACUACCAUGUGACAUCGAAUUUUUCACGAAGCAGAUCACCAAAAAGAGUCGAGCCACCUUAAGUGGGCGUUAGCACCAUACAGAGAAGAGGCACAACAGACAGUGCCUCGUUCGGAUCUUUUAGCGCUGACACUGGUUUUAGAUUUACGGUCGAGAUGACAUUUAGCUUUUAAUGCUGGGAAGAUUUUGUUAAGUGAAGAAGCUUAAAGCGCUCAACAACAGAUCAAGUGCGUUUCAGUAUGCAUCAUCGACGCUGAAAUCUUGGCAAUUGGUUUUCUGUGCCAACCAGAACAGCAAAUCGUUGAUGAAGAACGUAUAGAAGAAGUUGAAGAUUUUUCAAUCUUUCGUUAAGCUUACCUCGAAAGGAACGUAAUCGUACUUGUGAAACUGUCUUUGGUUUCAGUGUAUGAGAAACUGCAGACGAAUAAAGGAGCGCCAAAAAUCUGUAUAUAGAGAGAGACAAUGGUCUCGGAGCAAUGCUGAGAAACAUCAUAGAGGAAGCUGUAACUAGAUAUUUGUUGAAUCAAUAAAAGGAAGGGUAUAAUGAAAGAACUUGACGUAUAUGCUACGAAACUAAUUAUCGUUUGUAUGGUCGAGAGAAAGCGGCUCAAAUAACAUCGAUAAUAGUUUUAGCCCCUGUCAGAUCCAUUUGACACCAAGCGUGGGUUGGGGGAAGGAGAAUUAAUUUCACUGCCUUAUUUGGUUGGUAAAGUUCAAGGACCUGAUUUAUUAGAAAUUCAAGAGGGUGUUUUCAUGUUUGUUUGAACCCGGCGAUUGGAUUCUUAAAUUGUGCUGGAUUCUUAGAGACCCAUGUUAUACAGUCUACAACAAAUAAAGAAGUUGUGAAGGAAUUCAAUGCUGCAUGUUAUAUGUGUUGAAACUUACGAAAAGUGCCAUUUUACCUGUUGAAAUCCGAUUUUUAAAGAUAUUUGUGAUAUACUCCCUUGAAAGUACUACUGUAUCCUUGCUAACAACGCUGUUCGAAGCAAAUAUCUCUUUACCAAACAUAUGACAGGAAUGCUGAAUGUAAACUGUGGAUUCAACGAUUAACAGUGUCAUUUCAUACACUGAUUGUCUUUCAUACACUUUCACUUAACAACCAGGAACUAAAAUUUUUUCUGCAUGAAUCUAGAGCAGCGCCCAUCUCAACUAGGUGAUCUGAGCAUUGCGAUCAUUUAGUACAAACAUUACGAUCAAGUCUUUUUACUACAAAUGUCGACUCGAAAAAACUCUUCUCUAAUUACCCAUGAACUGCUCUUACAUGACGCUGCGUCACAAGGAGAUGAAAGGAAGUUGGACGAUUUAAAGGUCUUUGUAAAGCGAGGCAAAUUUGACAUCAACUUUAAAGACGAAGACUGGGGCAGUCGGACCGCGUUGCAUUGUGCAUCAGAACGAGGCCAUCUUCGUUGCUGCAAGUUCUUACUUGAAGGCGGUGCAGAUCCAUCGGCUCGUAUGAGUAUGGGUUGGACCCCUGCGCACUGUGCAGCCGAAGGAGGGCAUCUCUCAGUGAUAAGGCUGCUUGCGGAGUCUGGGGGAACAGUGAACGCUAAAGAUGACUAUGGUGAUACACCAAAGAUGAUUGCCGUACGCUAUGGUCAUAAAGAAUGUACAGAAUACUUGCAAAGUAUUGAACAUUUCCCUGAGCAACGUAAAGAGCUUUUGAAAGAGACUUUCCAAUACGCCAUUAAGAAGAAAAUAAAGGAGAACCAAAUGGCAAGCAAAACAAACGGAGAAUAAGCAGGACCAAACUUCGUCUCUUGAACCACGGUAUGUUCCUACUUUCCGUUGUCAUUCUACAUCGUGUCCUUAUAUCAAGGUACCAUUGAAAUGUUCUUACUCUGAGGCCAAAAAUCAGUGAAUGGAGAGUUCUUGACGUCACCAGAGAAUGAUAGCGUCUAGGUACCGCAGCCGUGUUUCAAUGCCGUUUCAAUCUGGAUGGAAAACACAGAAAUUGCGUGCAUGCUUGGUAGAUGGUUUUUAGAUUCUUAGCUCUUCAAGAUCAAGGAUGGCAAAACUGUAUCGGCUUUUUUAUUUGCACCAUAUGAACGCGCAAUUUGCAUUGCAAAAGUAGCAAUUUGACUUAGAGUCAUUGAUCGAUGCAAGUCCGUUUUUGCCUGCAUUCUUUGCGAACUUUUUGUAAACUAGAUCAUCUUGUGAAAUAAAGAAUCUGCUUUUCAUUGCUGCUUCGAGUGCCUUCCAUCAACCAAUAGUUAUCAAACGACUAGCAUUCAACCUUGGCAUUUGCAGCUCAUAACUGCUUAGAAGUCCCAGAUUUUACUUUCUACCAACUGCUAUUUCAAAAUCUGAAGAAAUCUUUAUAUUGGCUUUGCCGUUGCAUUGAUCAUGGAGAUGCUUUCAAAGAGACUUUUAUCCGGUAUAUGGACCAAUGAAUCAUCCUUUUGAAUAAUUUGUUAUUCAUUAUGUGGAGCAAAAUUUACGUAACUACCCAUAAAUCAUUACCUGUGUACAUUAAUUCACAUUCAUACAUUGUCAUUCCAUUACUGUGUAAAUAUAUUUAGCUUAUCCUUCAAGAAAAUCUCAAUAUUCGAUGCGAAAUUGCCAUACGCUUCUUUUUGCCAACUAAUUUUGGUUUUCCAAGUAUGCCAUCAUAAUUUGAAUUUAAAUAUCUAUUUUUCUGUUUUCGGUCUUAACGGAGAUGUCCACUUUGACUGCUUUAACCUAGUGUUAUGUCUCCAGAAACUUUCCGUAGCAGAUUAUUGACUUCAUCUCAAGGGGUUCAAAAGGCCUUUCUCACCCCAGGGUGAUAAAAUGAGAUUGAUUUUCAGUUUUAAUGGGAGGUGCUAGCAUGCUCUGACGUUGGGCCAAGCACCCCAAGGUUUCCUCUAUUGCCACCUCGGCACUAAGAGGUUCUCUCUUGCUCAUCUUCUGAUCAAAAACAUUGUGUUUGCCUCUUCAUGAAAACUAUUCUUUAGUGCAUCAUCUCUAAUUGAUUUCCUGCAGGAUAAGGAAGUGAUUGUUACUAUUGAACGAUGAUUUUAAUCAACUGCAUAGAGUUUAUUUUGAAUUAUUUUGAUAUACCUUCAUGAUCACUAGUUCUUAAUGUUAAUAAGACGUUUAGAACUUUAGCUGACCACUGUCAUCAAACACCUUACACAUUAAGAAUUUUCAUCACCUGUUGGAUACACUCAAUGAAUUUUCUUUAGUUGGCGUCACCAUCUGAUAAAUGCUUCUAUGCAUAAUUUGCUUCCUUUUUCUCAACCAACAUUAUCAGCCCCCUGCCUUGGCUUUUUCCCACAUCCACGUCUAGUGUUUCUCGAAAAGACUACUAUUUAUAUCUGGCCGUUAUAAAAUUUCUACCGCGGACCUGUUUUAAUUUCUGUAUUUAUUGUCCUGUUCGAUAAUCCAGACAAACUGAUUCUAUUAGAGUUAAGCCACCAUUGCAAAUUAAAUCAUAUAGCUUUUGGAAGACGUUGGAUUAUAUGUACAAUUAAGUAAACAAUUUAUUUUAUUAAAUGGCCUAAAUGAAGUUUUCUUAAGAUAGUUGGUUACUGGAAAUAUGUUGUAUACAACAAAGCACAGCUACGAAGGCUUAAAGGCAAUUUCAUUAUGAUGGCCAAAACUCUGUUAUAUUUUUAAACCAAACUAAUAGCAUUGGGUUUAUACAUUUUCUUUCUUUAGCGAAACCACGGCUAUGCCAGUUAGACCAUUCCCCUUCAAAAUUGGCUACUAUCUUCCUUGACAUGUAGCCAUCAAACGAUUCAUUCUCUUUCUGAAUGUCUCAAUUAAUAUCCCUUUCAUUUAUUCAUGUUUCCCUUUGAUGGGUCUCUGUUGUCAACCGGUAUUUGGUGCAUUAAGACAUUUUACCAGGAAAUACAAUUUCAUUGCUCUUUACAAAAUCAAUAAAGUUGUGCUUUUUAGUUAUUGUAUCAUUAUAUCAAGUAAAAACUUGACUAGAACUAUAGCCUCCACCCAAUCCCGUGUCACUCAUUUUUACGUCAUUUUACGAAAAGUGCUCGCUGCUUCGCUAGCAGUAAUGUUUCCUGUUAUGACACUCGAGCAUUUUCCAAAAUUCCAUUGCAAUGGAUCAUAAUCAUCCUUACAACUAGAUUAACACCAAUGAACUGGUCUAAAUUACAAUACAAAAACGCAGCAAAUUAAUGGAUUUUUGCAAAUUAUCUUUUGAUGGUACAAGACAUGGUACAAGAAGCUUUUUGUCUGAUACUCUUCAGAGUUUAAAACAGGGGUCGGCAACCUUUAUAAAACAGGGGGCCAAAGUUGAUUUCUGACAUGCAUACCAGGGCUGCAACUCAAAAUACAGUAUAAUUCUAAAUUCUAAUAUAUACCUAUUCUACCUAACUGCUAAUCUUAUCAAUAAAAUUGUAUUUAAUGGUAAAUGUACUUAACGUGGAAGCAGUUCGUAAAUACAAAGAUAGAUGUAAAGUACAUGUUCACUUACCCUGGGUACCAGACUCACUAUAUGUAAAAUAAAAUAGAGAGUCUGGUCUAGUGCGCCCCAUUCUCGUUCUGGUGUGCUGAUAUUAACCAAUCAGGAGCGAGUGUACAGAUUUCUGUACGUUCAAAGGUCACAGCGAAACAGUAAACGUAGCUCUGGUGUAAAACAUUGAACAGAACACAACAUAAAUAAAUGCUAGCGACCGUAACGAUUGAGUCUGAAGAUGCUGUUAAAACUGCCCUCAAAGAAUAUUUUCCGCAUGUUGUGGAAUUUAACACAGAACAGCAUUAAAAGCCUUGUUUGUAGAGAGAAGAGACACCUUCGCCAUAUUGCCAACUGGCUUUGGAAAGUCUCUGAUAUUUCAGGCAGUGCCUCUCAUUGCAAAGAAAUUAGGCCUUGUAGUGAAAUGCAGUAAAUAAGAAACACCGCAAGGUGCCGAGAACAAACAACAACAAACUCAAUAAUUCAGUUAUGGCUAAUAUUUCGCCCGGCACACAGGGCUUCGCUUGUCGUAUUGGCCACAUUUGAUGUGAUGAACUUCAAACGUGAUGAUUCUAACCGCCGCGGUGUCCAAGCGCGCUGCCUUCACAGUGAGGAAGUAGACUUUGAAAGUACACACAAUUUAUGAGGAAAAUUACUAAAGACUUAUUUUAAGUUGUAUACGAAAUUUAACAAUGAUUGACAUUUAAUAACUGCAAUGUGCUAACUUUAAUUUCAUGCUUCGCACAUGUUU